UCUAUAUGCAUGUUAUAUAUCCCUUGGUACUCAAGGCGACGUUACGCAACUAAAAACAGGAGGUCACACUUCAAGCCACUUACCUACCUAAGCUCACUCAUCUGUCUCGGUAUCUCUCCAACAACCCAUCCAUCCACCAGGCCUGUCCACGAUGCCCACCUCAACCCUACGCACACAGCUGGAAAAAGACGGCUUCGUCAUCCUGCGCUCCAUCCUAUCCCCAGAACAACUCACAUCCCUCCGCGGCGCAGCCCAGCGCACCGUCGAUCUCGCACAAGCCGGGUCCUGGCGUCACGUGCGCACCGUCGGGAAGCAAUUCCCGCCGUGGACCUGGGAAGCGGGCGUCGGGAUAUGGGGUGUGCAGCACCUACUCAACCCAUCACUCCCCGAUUCCCCUAUCUUCACCGAAAGUUAUUUCGGCGAUGAAGUGCUGGGUGCCGCGAAAGAACUUCUAGGCCCGUGCUCAGAUGAUGAGCUAGUUAUGGAAUUGUAUAAUCUACUGGUUCGACCUACCGAUGGGUCGAAUUUCGAACUCCGCUGGCAUCGCGAUGAUAUAAGCGCCGAUGCAAGUGCAGAUGAAGAACUCAAACGUCUGCGCGAACCGGCUUGGCAUGCGCAGUGGAAUAUGGCACUGUGCGAUGGCGAUGAGAGUUUAAUCGUAGUUCCCGGAUCGCAUAAGCGCGCGCGCACCGAGCGCGAAAGAGCAGCUGAUCCAUUUGACCCUAAUAUGCCAGAGCAGUUAAUCGUGCGUUUGGAUGCGGGCGAUGUGGUUUUUUAUAACAAUAAUAUUUUGCAUCGCGGUCGCUAUGAUGGUAGUCGUGAACGUCUGAGCUUGCAUGGGUCUGUGGGUCAUGUAGCGGGGGGUAGGUUGAGGGCGAGGAAUGUGUUGCAGCAUGGUGUUGGGAAUUGGGUUGAUAGUUGUGAUUUUAGCAAUCUAGGUGAACAUCAAAAAGCCAGGGCAGAGGGCAUGCGCGCGCGACUGGUCAAAUUAGGGAGGGAGAGCGGUGAUGUUGGAUACUCGUUAACUGGUUGAUAUUUCAGACAUAGCACAUAAAAAGAAUCAUGAAUGUAUAAAAUUUUUUAAAAUCGCUGAAUUGUAUUCAUAAACAGCUUUCGCCUAGUAUAUACAUUGAAAAAAUUAUUUACUCAAGCAGUAAGAAGGAUAUACAUCGAAAAGUAC